AGCAACCUGGUAUGUUGUUCUUUCUCUGUCCUAUUUCCAUAGUUACCCAUUAACAUGAUUCAUCGAUCUUCAAUCUACGCUGCCACAGAAUCAUUCUCUUUAACAAAAAAAUCAGCUUUCUUUUCUUCAUCUUCUAAUUCUCUAAUCACUGUUCAUGAUUCUCAGUCCAAACCCAUUUCGAGUCCCUUUUACAAUCUUCUUCCCCAUACCCAAAACCCCAAUAACAUUGUCAACCUCAUCUCUUCAACCCUCAAACACAAAAGUUCUCAUCUUUCCCUUCUUCAAAAUGACAUCAAAGGGAUUCUUCCCCACAUGGGUACCCAAGAAAUUUCAAGGGUAUUGCUCAGAUGCCAAUCUGAUUACUCUUCAGCUCUCACCUAUUUCAAUUGGGUUAAAAAUGAUUUGGGUAUCACACUUACUGUUCACAACUAUUGUAUAAUUGUUCACAUACUUGCUUGGUCUCGAGUGUUCUCUCAGGCUAUGAAAUUGUUGUCUGAAUUAAUACAAUUGGUUGAGGUUGAUUGUGUUUCUCCAAAUGAUGACAUUUAUCAGAAUUUGGUUUGGUCUAUUGAGGAUUGUAAUUGGAAUCCUGUAAUCUUUGAUAUUCUUAUCAAGGCUUAUGUGAAGACAGGUAUGGUUGAAAAGGCUUUGGCAACUUUUAGGAAGAAUGUUGAGGCUUGUUUUAUCCCCAAUGUAACUGCAUGCAAUUGUUUACUGAAUGGUUUGUCUAAGUUUAAUUACAUUGGUCACUGCUGGGAAGUAUAUGAAGAGAUGGGAAGACUUGGAAUACAUAGGAAUGUUUUUACUUUCAACAUUAUGACUCAUGUUUUGUGCAAAUAUGGAGAUACGGAUAAGGUGAAUGGAUUCUUGGAUAAGAUGGAGGAAGAAGGAUUUGAACCUGACUUAGUGACAUAUAACACUCUCAUUAAUAGCUAUUGUAGGAAAAGAAGGUUGGAGGAUGCAUUUUAUCUAUACAAGAUCAUGUACAUUAGAGGUGUGAUGCCUAAUUUGAUUUCGUACACGGCCUUGAUGAAUGGUCUUUGUGAUGAAGGGAAGAUCAAGGAGGCUCAUCAACUUUUCAAUCAGAUGGUUCAGAGAGGGAUAGAUCCAGACAUUGUGUCAUAUAAUACUCUCAUAUCUGCUUAUUGCAGAGAAGGUAAGAUGCAAAUGUCUAGAUUACUAUUGCAUGAAGCGAUAGGAAAUGGGAUUUGUCCUGACAGUAUCACUUGUCGGCUUCUCGUUAAAGGAUAUGCAAGGGAUGGAAAGCUUCUGUCAGCCUUGAAUUCGGUUGUGGAGCUUCAGAGAUUCGGAGUUAAGAUUCCUGAAGAUGUAUUUGAUUACCUUAUAGUUGCGUUGUGUAAAGAAGGUAGGCCAUUUGCUGCUAGAAGCUUUCUGCAAAGGAUAUCUCAGGAUGGCUAUAUGCCUGAAAUGAGAACUUACCAUGAACUGGUUGAGUCUCUAUGUAAAUUCAAUAAUGUGGAAGAGGCAUUAAUUUUGAAAGCUGAGAUGGUAAAGAAGGAUAUGAAACCGAAUCUCACUGCCUAUAGAGCUAUAAUAAGCUGCCUGUGUAGAGUAAACAGGACUCUGGAGGCUGAAAGUUUGUUGGAGGAAAUGGUUGGUUCAGGCAUUCUACCUGAUCUAGAAGUAAGCAGGGUAAUAAUAAAUGGGUAUUGCAAAGAAAAAAAUGUUGAUAAAGCUGUGUCAUUAUUGAAAUUCAUUGCCAAGGAAUUUCAAAUUUAUGAUACUGAAAGCUACAAUGCAGUUGUUAAAGUGUUUUGUGAGGUUGGUAAAGUGGCUGAGUUGAUGGAGCUUCAGGAUAGGCUGCUCAAGGUAGGGUAUGUUCCAAAUAGUUUAACAUGCAAGUAUAUGAUCCAUGGAUUGCAGAAAGCUAUGGAACUAAAUGAUGAGAUAUCAGGCCACAACAUGCUUGAAGUCUAACACUUUCACAAUAUAGGACUUUGUCCAACAUCUCACCUACCCAAUUACAUGAGCAUGGCAUAUUUGGUUAUCAAGUAAAAUCAAUGGCAUGGCAUAUGAGGAUCACUACACUUUGGAAGGGUUUCUCCCUGCAAAUAGCCCUUUUGAUAUGGUUACUUCAUUUAGGUAAAGAUAAGCUAAACAGAAAACACCGGAUUUGGUUCCAUUCUUCACUAUUGAACCAUAAACUGAAAACACUUAAAGGAGCCUUUGAGGAAAAAUUAUGAUAAAGGGAUGAAGGUUUAAAUGCUUCGCUUUUGGUUAUAAAUUCAACUUGUUUCAUGAGUACAGAUAAAUCAAUACAUAUAUUAGCUGCAUG